UAGAAAGAUGAUCAUCAUCCUCCCGAGAAAGCGCAUUUUUACAACACUAAAUGGUGACAUCCACAAAUAGAUUCAAACCAGAAGAAACUUCGUCGAGAAGGAUACUCGACCUCGUCAUUCUAUAAAAUCAUAUCGUCCCUUGUUAUUUCGAACUGAAGAAAUGGCCACUUGAUGACCGAUUCAUGAGCAAAAUGAUUCUCUCGUCUUGAACCUGUUUGUGAAUCGCACUGAUCCAGUCGCUGCUGUUCUUGAGUCAACAACUCACUGAUUCCACGAUCCGAUCAUCGAAUUGAAAUGAGCCGAGGAAACCGAAGCUUGAGCCUGCGUUGCAACUGUUGGCGCCAAAAUCUGAAGGUUUUGCAGUUCAGAAGAUCAACAUGGAUCCUAGAAUACCUGUGAAAGGCCAUCAUAACCAGAUCUUCAACCCAAGUGAGAUGUAUACUAAUCCAAAAAUUACAAUUCGGCAAAAUACUGGAAGUGACCAAAUUCACCGUCACAAGUUGUCAUCCUCUCAACUCCUUCACUAUCUGAGGAGUCAAAACCCAAAACGAGCGUCUGACCUGGCUUCUUCGGCUGAUGAAGUCCAACAUAUGACAAACAUAACUGAGGCGUCAUCAAGGCUGAUGCAGCAGCAAAACAUUAAUGCAAUGGCAUCUGUGGAUCAGAGAGUCGUGGCAGUGACCAGUGCCGAGAAGCAUCUGGAGAAUGAAGUCAUUUCUGAGGGGAAAGUUUCUGAACCCAUAUUUGCUGAGAAACACAUCAGCGUUGAUUGUGUGGCCUAUCACUGGAUGAUUACCACAAAUAGUGAAUUGUGGGACACUGGAAAUUUUUUUUCGUGCACAAAUCACUCUACAGCAGAGCCAUUCCCAAAUGAAAUGGUCGAUUUGCGUUUCCAAGAUGACUGGAAAGUUGCUAACCUCUCCAGCCAAAGGUCCUGUCCGUCAGAAGAAGAGUCAUGCCCUCAAGGCUCCAACACUCUGACUGAUGAACCUGAAGAUGAUGACGGUGUGCAUGUCCAAAUCCCAGAGUUUCAGAGUCGCAAAUUUGAGGAGAUCCCAGUUGUAGUCACUCGCGUUGUUCACCCAAACAAGUUCUUUAUCCAACACAAGGACGCAAACCUUUGUGAACUGUCUGAAAUCAUGCUUAGGAACAGCAGUAGAUCUUUUGCAGAGAUGAAUAGUGUCCCAGAUGUUGGGGCUUAUGUCAUGGCAUGGCUCCCGAUGCAGGAGGUCUGGUGCCGUGGCCGGGUCCUCAAAAUAUGUCAGCUGAGUAGAGACAUUAAGGUGGAGGUCAGGAGGAUUGACUAUGGAGACGACGUUUGCGUGUCUCUUCGGGAUGUCAAGGAAAUGAGUGGAGAAAUGGCAUCCAGACCCGUGCAAGCGCUGCAGGCCUCUCUGGCAAAUGUGAGGCCAGUAUUUGGAGAAACCUGGUCUUUUGAAGCGAUCAGCUGGUUCAAAAGCAAAGUUCAGAACAAGACUCUUUAUGCCAGGAUUUAUCCAGAAGGAGAAGUGGAGCUCUUCAUGGAGAAGGGAAAGAUUGGUGCCAUGAGGAGAGGGGAUUCUCUUUCUGAGAGACUUGCACAGAAUAGAUUUGCCAUCCACAGAUCUAACAAACACAAAGGGUUAAAGAGAAGUGAUGCCCAAGAACGAGCCCGAAAACGGUCCUCCGAGUGGGAGAAGUAUCUGAUCUCCUGUUACCAUUAAAACAGGAAGUGAUGUUGACUGUUCCUGUUCCAUUUCCUGUUCCAUUUCAACUGAUGUUGAAAAGUUUUUGCUUUUAACAUUAUGUGCCUUUUAAAAAUAUGUGCCUUUUGUUAGAAUGACAGAAGCAAUUACUGAUGUUCAGUGCUGUUGAUUAUAUUCUUUUUGGUUUAGAUGUUACAUAAUUAUGUAUCAAAAAAAUUCAUAAUUAAAAAAAAAAAAGGAGCUCUAA